AUACAUACAUACACACAUCAUACAACAUACAUACACAAUCAUACAUACAUAUAUACACACACUGUACCUACCUCUUUUGGAGCGCAACUUUCGACACUCCUGCGAAGAGGAAGACGCCUCUUCUUCUUCCUCGUCCAUCGAAUUCUAAGUUUGCUGCUUCAUUGCCAACGUCAACUUUGUCACAACUCUUACUGUGCUACAUCAUCGUUGUCAUUGUCAUUCGUACUAUUUACCGCAAAGGAGAAAGGGUGUUUGGUACGAACCACGGACGGCCUCUGGAGAGAUUCUGGAUUUAUUGGUGGCAAGACAACCCCAAACGCGGUUUACCAUGAGUUCGCGUAAUAUACCUUCGGAUAAAAUAAAUCUACGCCUCAUCCUCGUCAGUGGUAAGACAAAAGAGUUCCUAUUCAGUCCGAGCGACUCCGCGGGGGAUAUAGCGCACCAUGUGUUUGAAAACUGGCCGGAAGACUGGGCGGAAGAGGCUGUUGCCAAAGCGGAGAUCCUGCGGCUAAUCUAUCAGGGUCGUUUUCUGCACAGCAAUGUCACGCUCGGUGCACUUGGGCUUCCUUUCGGGAAAACCACGGUGAUGCAUUUGGUACCACGAGAAAAUCUUCCCGAGCCUAAUUCCCAAGAUCAAAGGCAAAAAAGUAAAGGUGGUGGUAGCAGUUGCUGCUCAGCCUCCUGCUGCAUACUUUAAUCGGCUGCCCUGGAUGUUCUGAGGUCGUGUUUAAAUGUGAGCCCAGCACGAAUAACUUCGAGCUGAGCCAUGAUUUCUAAGGUUUUAUGCUGAUGUAUAAAUGCUAGUGGCUGAGCUCAUGAGCAAUGUAGCACAAAUUAUUACGUAAUUUUACUCGUUUACUUGUUGAGAUCGGUAGAAAAAAAUAGAAUGAGACAAAAAAAUGAGACAGUUAGAAGGUAAAAGGAAAGAAAAGAAAUUUUAACAAAAAAUAGUAAAAAAAGAAAGAAUUUGAAAGCGUGGAACAAGAAAAUGAGACAAGCACAUAUAAACGUACACAUAAACGUUUGACACGUUACUCGAUAUAUAAAAUUUCAUGAAUUUAAAAUAGACAAGGAUAGAAUAUAAAAAGAAAGAAAGACAAAUAAUAUUUCUUUGAAUUUAAAAAAAAAAAUAAUUUAAAAAAAGACAUUUUCAUGUGUGAAAUUAUUAGACGAAUGAAAAGAUAUAUAUCGUAUAAUGAUUAUUGAUAACGCGACAAUGAUUGAUCUAUAGCAACGAACACGAUGACAUCCACCAAAUAGAGAAAGUUAUUGUUACUAUUGGAAAAAAUAAGAAUGAAAUACGAUUCUGAAAUUAUAAUAAAUUCUAAUUUUCGUUUCUUAUCGAGAACGUAUUGCCAUGUGUAUAAUUUAUAAAACGAGACAUAGUUCAUGCAUACAUAUAUAUACACCUCAAACAUAAACAUACACAUGUAUACACAUACACGCGUACACUUUGCUCGGUGUUUUUUGCACUGAAUAAAAAAUGCUUAUUUUAUAGUCUUUCGAUGGAGCCAGUGUGUUGUGUGCUAUAGCUGUUUUCGAUCAGACUCUAUCGAUCAUUGGAUCAUCGCGACUAUGCAUUGCUGUUGUUCAGUUAAAAUGAUCUAAAAAUGUAUAGAUCUUGAUCGUAUCCUAUGCUGUCGCCUUGUAUGAGAAAAAGACAAGCAAGAAAAUGAGAACAAGAAUAAGAAAAAAAAAUUAAAAAGAAAAAGAACUAGUUGUUGUUCCAACACUUUCCCCCUUCAGUAUGCAUUUUGCGGUGAGAAAAGUUUCGAUCGAGAUUAAAAAAGGAUAAAGAUAGAAAUUGAAAGAAAGAAAAAAAGAAAGACAGAGAAAAGAAUUAUCAUUAUUAUUAUCUCAUCUUUCAUUUGAUGGAAAAUAAAAAUUAGCAAAGAAAAAAAAAUGAACAUAGAGUUUCGAUAAUUAAAGGAUAAAUAAAGCUCUCUUGAAAGACGCUACAAUGCUUAAAAACUCAACCACUACUCGACUACCGCAGCGUUAUAACAAUUAUGUAGAUGGAAAAAAAUAAAUCAUAUGAGUGUGUUUGCGAAAAAAAAACACUGUACGAAUGAUAUAUGUCAAUCGCGCGUAUGGAAGAAAAUUGCGUGUAUGUUUGGUGGUGUACAUGAGUGUGUCGUAUAUCAAAAAGAAAACAAGAAAAAAAACUAGUGGAGAAAAGAAAAAAAGAGAGAGAUAGAGAAGGGAGAAGGGAGAGAAAGUAAACGAGCGAGAUAAAAAGAGCGGGUGAAUGAGUAAGUGUGAGAGUGAAAGA